CAAGGGCGGGGUGUUGAUCACGUGACCUAACUUAAACCCAACCAAGUCUCCAUAUACCCACCAGCAAGAACUCAUACCACAGAUAGAGCAAUAGGUUUGAGCUGCAGGAAGAGGUUAUCCACUUAGACUGUUGGAACUGGUCCUUAUUGCAAGACUACCCUGAGAGAGGGGAGAGGCUCAGCUAUGGGUAAUCUUCCCUCUCAUGUGGCAGGAGACGAUGAUCUUGUCGAUUUUGAACUAGAGAAAGCUACACAGAAGUCUGAAGACCAAGAUAGAGAGGAGAAUUUAUUUGAUUUCAGUAUUCUCACCAACAUAGAGGCGCUACAUAAAGCAAUAGCUUCGUUAAAAGAGCUACCAACAUCAGAGAUACAAAGAAAGAAGAGUGACAUAAGACAAUGGCUGAAAGGGCUCAGUGACAGAGGAGAGAAAACUAUAGGUAUUGCACAGUUUGUUGACUUCUUGACAAGUAAAAGCAUCAGCAGAGAAGAAGCUGUAGAGUUUUUUAAUGAGCUUGAUCCGGAUGGCGAUGGAAAUAUCGAAGUUACAUUUGUACUACAGAUGCUAAAAGAUAAGAAGGAUCAAGAUUUGAAAGGCGCCUUGGUACCAUGCAACAUGCUUCCAGGCUAUGUUGAUAUUUAUUUGACUGAGAAGUCAAGCGUUUAUCCAACUAACCUGGGACUUGAAAUAACUAAAUUCCUCCGAAGGCAUAGAGUUGAUUCCUCUCAUUUAUCAUCGUCAGUUGCUCUCAGUCAGAUGAGCAAUAUCCUAGAGUCAAGAGAGAGGCUAGCUAACGGCCGAUUCUUUUCCUUCAAAGAGAAGAGAGAGGACAAAAUCUCUCUUGAAGAUCAAGAGAAUGGAGAGGAGGAAGAGGGUCACAGUAAAGUCCUUGUUUCUAAGUGUUACAGCAGUAUUGCUGUCUCCUCUAAUGAGAGAACAGCGUCAAAUUUGACUGAUAAUUCUAUGGAGACGUAUUGGCAAUCGAAUGGAUCACCACGUACACACUGGAUUAGAGUUCAAAUGUUGUCUGGGAUUAGAUUAAAGAAUUUCUCAGUUGGUCUCUCAACCUCUGAUGACAGUUACAUGCCAAAGACAAUAGCCGUAUCUGUUGGUAACUCACCCUCUAACCUUAAAGAAAUCAAGCAAUACAGCAUACCAAGAGAGUUUACUGGUAAAUUCACUCUCCUCGGCUCAUUAUGCUCUGAGUAUCGGUACAUACAACUCAAUAUUCGUGGUUGCCAUAGUGACGGCUGCGACACUCGCGUAAGACAGAUUUACGUCCAGGGGUACAGAUACAAGAGGGAGAACCUCCCAACGGUGAUGGACGGUUUGGUGAUAUUCUAUUUAAACCUGAUCUCCUCAGUAGUAACUACAGCUAUACCACUGACCCCUUCGCUUAGGGACACCAUACUGGGCCACUCAAAGAAUUGUUUCAGAUACCUUCCUCCUCUUUCUCUCUCGCGAACAUCCACACAAAAACCUGAGUUUCUAUCAACCACUUUAACUAACGAGAUGGACAAAUUUAUAAAGACACUCUGUCUGCCUGGAGAUAAUUUUGUCUCUGUUGACACAGAGUCUCUGGCCAUAUUGAUAGAGUUUUCGAUCAUCACUGGUAAUUUUAACAAUAUACUGGACUCACUUCAAAUACUGAUGGAUAAUGUGGCCCUUGAUUUGGAGCUCUGCCCUUUGAUGAUGAAACUAGAAUCUUUGGAAAUUUCAAAGUUUAAGAGACAUGCCUCGCUGUUAAGAUUUGAUGUUGUUAAAUGUGAUGCUGAUACAGUUGAGGGUCAUCAAGUUAAUAACAUGUUCACUAAUGAGAUGGCAGGAACUGGAGUUCCAUUUAAGACUGUGAAAGGUAAAAAUGUUGUCAAUAUUAUUGUCAAAGGUAAAAAGUCAGUCAGUUGGCUUCAAGUUGUUAAGAUACACAUGAAAGUGACUAGUGGUGAUACAGGGGCAAGGGCUGGCCUCCUAUUCCUCCUUGAUGUUGAAGACCCCAAGGACCCAACGGUAUUAGAAAAAUAUGUACAAUACGACACAUUCACUGUUGAUGAUUGGAAUAAAAUGUCUGAGGCUGAUAGAAUGUCUGGGAAAGGGCCCGUGGCUUACUUUGCACCAGAGAAGGAAUGGAAAGAGUCUGAAGUGACCAUUGAGGGGACAUUGCCACCAGCAAAGUAUUUACUGCUCAAGUUUCUGUCUCAAGAGUCAAGUGAUCAGAUUGCUGUUCAGUGCAUUAAGAUCAAAGGAUAUGAAAUAUCAGAGCAACUGUACAAGAGCAAUGAACUACUAAGGAACAUGGUACUCAAAUUGGAUAUACCAACAGACCCUAUGCUGCCAUUUCAAGGCAGUAAGGUCUUGCUAAGGAUAUUGAUAUUCCUAUGUCACAUGUUACAUGAUCUUGGCAUCAUACACACCAGUAGGACUAAUGCUUACUUAGACCCCGAGACAUUCGAGGAAAGUCACGUUUCAACUGAGAGCCUCUCCCUAGAGAAGAUAUGGAGUCUCUACGUUCCUCUUAGUUUGAGUGGAGACGGUCUCAUGGAGCAAUGUACUCUAGCGACACUGUUACUGAUCAGACGAGCCAUCCCUUUCCUCAAAGCCACACCCACUAAUAAACUAACUAGAGGAAACAGCAACGGAACUAAUAAUAAUGAGACAAAUAAGGAAGGGGGCGGGGUUAAUAACGAAGACACGCCCUCCUCAAUACCCUCAGCAGUAUUAUCUCAUCUUUGCUCAUUAAUGGAUAAUCCUGAUACUGAUCCAUUCGUACGGACAUUAGCACAGGAUAUUAUUAAAGCGGGCGUGGUUGUGUUUUUCCCUGGCUCAAGAGCAAGACGGGGGUACCUCCUUGAGAUGGUAAAGCUUGUCCUCACUGGGGAACAGCCUGCCUCGUGGUGGCUCAAGUUUGAAGCUUUGUGUGGCUACUUCAGUAAAACCAAUACAAACUCAUUACUUGAACUAACCUAUGAUUCUGCUAAGGUAGCUGAGACUGACCCUGUUGCAGUAAUGGAGAUACUAAAAACAAUAAUCACAGUUGCAGCCACAGAAGCUGCUAAUGAUUUGAGUGAAGGAGCUAGGAGUCAUCCUGAUGACCUGGUGAGGUUACUGUGUGCAAUGCAGAGUAACCUCUUCUACUGGAUACGCUACCAACUGACGCUCAGUAAAGAAAUGGAGGAGCAGGAUUGGAAUAAGACAAAAGAAAUCGUUCACAAACUAUUAACUAAUUAUGUUAGUGAGAUAUUUAGUAACUGUCACAGUUUGCUGAAGAAAGUUGAAACCCUCGAAAAGAUAGAAGAGUCAGUUUUAGAAGCUUUGAGAAGAUCACUAGUUGGACAGGCACUACCUGAAAUGUUAACAUUUCUCAGUACUCUCCUAUCUGAGGACAUUCCAGUCAUUUCUUUGUUAAACACUCUAAGUCCUCUUAUUGGAUUGCUCAAUUCGUUGUCACGGAAACUGCCCCACGUCUUCUUGAGUCUUGGAUCAGAAGAGCUCCAGUGUUCGGAGGAGAGGGAGCUAGCAGUUUGGACGAGGGAGUCACGCCAUAAUUACGACAAUAAUUCUAGAAUUAACGAGGAGUUUGUAUGUCCAGGAGCUGAGAGAUUUCUGAUUGAGUUUGAUAGUCGAUGCUGUACAGAGAGACGGUAUGAUUAUCUCCAGUUUACUGAUUCAACUGGUGAAAAGAAAACAUUUGAUGAUACGUAUGGAUCUGACCACUGGCCCUCUACCUAUGAAUUCAAGGGACCUAAGCUCAGCUUUUACUUUUAUUCUGAUGGGAGCAACAACUUCUGGGGAUAUCGCUUCACAAUAAAAGCAUUCGGUAAAGGAUUCCCUCCUCUUCACUGGCUCUUUGAUCUACAAAUCAACUUAACAAGAGCAUUUGGACUUGCUAUAUCUAACGUCUUGGGGACCAAAAAGAGCAGUAUUACUCCUGUAAAAGGCAGUUCCAAUAAAGAAGAGGAAAAGAAAGAGAUGGAGGCCCUACUCCGCAGCAACUUUUGGAAGACCCUUUUAAGAGGAGGGUACCAAGUUGGGAAACUCACUCGGUCUCUCUCUGGAGCUCAUGCUACAAGUCCGACUGACUCUGAAGUGUACUCUUAUCUUUAUGAAAUGGCUGAAGAGGAAGAGACCGUCCAUCCAUUGAUUGAAAUCUGUAGAGCUAAAAAAGGUGGCCCGUUUUUUGGCGGUAAUUUGGUUGAUAGAGCCGUGUCAGCAGUUUUUGCAUCGCUGAUCUGGCACUCACAAGAACUGAGAGAAGAAUUAACUGCCAAUCUAUCAUCCUCCAGUUCACCGAAGGCUUCUCACGGUAUUCUUGAUGCUUUUGUAGCUGCUGAGAGUCUCCGCAGGGAGCUAGUUGAAGCUCGUCAGAAGCUUGUGGAAGCGAAGGAAAAUGAGAAAGAAGCCAACAGUCAUACAAGCAUUGAUGAGGACGAGCCGGUCAAUGCCUGCAGGGAUAAAGCAUUUUAUCUUCUUAAGUUUGCCGGCCUCUCUCGUGUCUCCUCCUCCUCCUCCACCUCAUUAGUUUCCAGUGGAGGGAGCAGUAGUACACUGGCUGACGAUCGUCCUGGUAGCCCGGUAAUACGGCGGCCAUCUUGGGGUCAGAAACACUCCUGGAGGUGGCAGAGAGUCUCCAGCGUGGUAUCAACUGUCAGUCACAUUAAACAACAGGUAUCUCGUGAGGGGCGGGGCUUAUCACUAGCGGAGAAACAUCCUUCGUUUGAUACUGUCCUUAGUUUCGUUAGAAAUUCUGUUCUCACAAAGGAUAAGAUUCAUGAACUAAUACAAAACAGAUCAAAACUGGCCAAAGAACUUUCAGAUGCUUACAACAUUGCCGCAGAGUUUUUCAAAGUCAUGGCUCAAUCUGGAGCUAUUGAGAUCCCACUCUUGGUGUUCCUUCAGAGUCUACUGAUUUGUCAGAGGAAGUUCCCAUUGCAUUAUGGUUUGAGACUUGAUGGGUGUGGCUUAGAUCUUGAGACCCAGCUCCGUCGCUCGUUUCAAAUAUUCAUCCACAGACUCCUUGAUAUUAUUAAUGCACACAAGAAAACCGUUAAUCAGAUGUCCACUGAUCCUCAAGAUGGCGAAGGUGUUGAAAUGGUAAAGUGUGUCUUCUCUCAUCUCCUUGACAUGUCGUGGCAAGACUAUGAUCACCUCUUACUGAGGGAGAUUGAGCUACCCGAGUAUUUAUUUAACAUAGUCAUUAAUUCUUCUUCCUCCGAGGAUAAGGUUAUCUUGUGCUCAUUUCUUCAUGAGGAGGACAUGAUGGCUAGAUACAAUCAUCACAUGAAGCUACUGGAGCUUUGGAAGACACUGAAAGAUGACAGCGACAAGAACGAUGAUGAGAAACUCUCGCAUUUUAAAGAGACUGAACUAGCCAAAGAAAAUCCAAAAGAGACACUUCUCUUUCUUGCCAUGCUGGCCGGGAGCCCAACUGUAGGUGGAGUAGGCACACCUCUUUGUGACGGAUGUAAACUGGUCCUUGAUAAUGAGAACAAGAUAUGGUACAGGAACAUGGAGAUUGAGGAAAACCUUAAUCUCUGUAAAGAAUGUUUCUUUGAUGGUACAGGGGAAAGACCCGAUUCACAUACUCACGAACAAGAGUUUCAACAAUUCUGCUCACUUACAUGCACUGAUUGUGGGCUCUCAAUCAUUAGUCACAGGUUUCUAAAUAAAGCUAACAACAGCAACUACUGCAUUGGAUGCUUUAGAAAAAUUGAGUCUACUGUUAAGGAAUGGACGGUGUUCUUAUUAGAGGAACAUAAAGCUACAGAGAAAGCCAAUAAAUACUUCACCCAUCAUGAUGUUAAAAGUUAUAGGUAUUACGAUCGUUCUAUUAUUAAUAUAUACGAAGCUUCGAGUGCUUCCUUUUACAAUCAGCAUCACUCCUGGACCCUAUUCUCUUCUCUAGCUCUCUCUAUGGCUCACAACCUUAGCUCUGAAGAUAAAAACAAAACUAUUUCUGAUCCUUCUUACCAGCGAUACGCUUGCGAAAUAUUAUUGACCUGCCUACAACUGGUGGCGACUGGAUUAAAGUUCUCGCUAGCAGCAUCACUGGAUGAGCAGUUGGCAAAGAAAGAAGGAGAAGAAUUGUCCAAGGAAGAGAUAAAGCCUGAUAAAGAGGAGGAGGAGGAGGAUAAGAAUGAUGACAGUUUUAAAUUGGGACCUGUUGAUCCUCGUGUACAGACUGACGCACCUAUGGACAACCCCACAAAGACCACACCUACAACCACGCCCACAGAAACCAAGGACACUGUGAAAGAAGCUACAUCCAAAGAUGAUUCUAAGGAUACAGUAACUGAUGAUACUAAAGGAAAGACUGAGCCACCUGGAGCAACAGGGAAUGAGCCAGGAUCUAAAGUGGAAGAAAAGAAAGAAGAGGAGGGAAAGAAAGAAGAGGAGGGAAAGAAAGAAGAGGAGGGGAAGAAGGAAGAUGAGCCAUUGGAACCAUCUGAAGGUUAUCUUGGAUGCCCACUGACUGGAGUUCAGAGAUCCUUUGGUAAACUAUUCACCAACAAAUGCCUGGGACUAUUAGCCAGUGUAUUACCUAAAGAACUAACUUUACAGUCAUGGAUUAGUAUGAAUGGAAAUGUUGAGAGAGUAUUAGCAGACACUGUCCUACCAGUACUGCUCCAAUUAGCUGGCUCUAAAGCAAUUGGUGAAGCUCGUCAGUUACAAUCAAUAUUAGUCGCUACACAAUACAUGGCACGAGUCAGCACUGAGGUUGCUGAUCGUGCAAUUGAAGUGUUACAGGGUGUGGCUUCAGACCCGGACUCUGAGAGGGUGAAAACCCACGGACAGAAAACAACACAGUUCUUGUUUCAAUUGGGAGCAGAUCACCUUCAAAAUUCCAAUAUCUCGGGUGCUGCUACUGUAGCCGAGUGUCUUCUCUUACUCUCUAAGAGUAACGAAUGGAAGGCGACAGUUGCCAUGACAAUAGGUGGUGUGCUUGAUGUUCCCCCAGACUCCAUUAAUCUUCCUGGAAUAUUUGGACUCUUGGUCAUUGCUGGGUUCCCAAAGCUCUUGAGAGAAGGCAGUAUGGUAAAGUGGUCAAAGCAUGACGAGGAGUUGAGGGGCGUGGUUGUUGCCCCUCCCACUUUUGAAGACAAGAAUAUCAGUGUUGUUGAAAUAAAGUCUCGAGAAACACUAACGAUCAAGCAAGGUGAUUUUGAGGUAGAGGAGAUGCUUAGUGGUUGUAUAAUGGACACUAAGCUACAGCAGCUCAUCAGUCUAUUAUCUACUGUAUUCUCACUCACUGAUAAAACUUCAACACGUCAAGUUGAGAAUUGUUGGAUAUUAUCGCUUGUUCUUAAGUCUCUGAGUGUCCUCCUGAAGUCAAAUAAUUCUGAGAUAGUGAAGACAGUCCUGAAGGCCAGUAUAUUGCCAGACAUUGUCAGACUAGCUUGUAAACCAACACAGCUGAACAGUCACUGGAAUCUCAGCGAUUUGGAGGUGAUUAGUAUCUCCUGCUAUAAGCCAGCUCCUCCUACUCCUCCUCCCACUGUAGAAGACGAAAAACCACCCACUGAGCCUGUAGAGGAUGUUGAUGGUUCUGUAGCGAAGAAAGAUGAUGAGUCACAAAAAGGAGAAGAGAAAGAAGAUAAGAAACAAGACGAGAGCAAGCCAUUGUCUUUAGAACCGCCCGAAGAAAAGGAGAGCUCUUCACCUGCUCCUCCUCCUAAGAGUCAGAAAGAACUCGAGGAAGAAUCGGCUCUAAGAGGUCUCAGCUCUGAAGUACAGAGCACGCUAAAGAUAAUGAAGGAAGCAUUUCAGUGCACUUUUGCUGUCGUGAGAGCAAUGUAUGAAAUUGCUGGAGAGGACAUGGACAAGUUCAUUAUGAGCUCAGAGAGAUUCUAUGAUACUGAUUCAGAUUGUCUUAAAGUACCAGAUGAAAUAAAAGAAGAAGCAAAGAAAUGGGGAAUAUAUCAGAAGAGUCUAUCAAUAAAGGAGACUAUACAGGAAUACCAGGACAGUCAGGAGGACAUGGGAGUGACUGGUUUCCUCUCCGUCGAUGUUGACCUUAAAAAUAUCACAGCAACACGUGAGGACGAAGAUGAGCUAAAGAAGAGCAUGAUACUCAUACCAAAGGAUAAAGACAAAAAAAAGUCUAAAGUUAGCAGACAAGAGAAGUCGCACGAGUUGCUCCAGGAACACCUCAAGAAACUAAAAGAAGAAGAGAGCACUACUCCUGAUAGAGACUUCAUGCUUAAAGUAAAGAAAGCUCUGAUGGUAUUACAGUCUCGCCAGGUUCUUGGUUCGUUGCUGUUGCAAUGGCCUCGUGAUGGCCCACGUAUCAAUGCACUACAACUAGGGAGCCUUGAUACCACUAGAUGGUUCUCACUACUUGACUUCUUAUUGAAGGGACUACCAGAAGAAACACAAGAUAAAGUGUUGUAUAAUGUUGUGAACUGCAGUGAGACUACAGAGCUGAUAUCACUAGCAUUGACUGCUGUACAGUGUAUGACUGAUGUGGUUGUAUCAAGUGAAGAGAAAGUGAUACAAUAUUCAACAGAAAAUGAAACAAAGGAAGAGGGCAAGGUAGUGGUGAGUAAUGCUGCUUUCCUAAGACUCGAAAUGGAAGUUUCUCGGUCGCUACACGGCUCAGUUACUCUGCAUGCUAAAGACUCUUCGGAGUAUAAUUACUACGAGGAGCAAGACAAGAAGAUAAAAGGAGACGAGAAAGAGAAGAAAUUUGAUCAGAAGAUACCUGGGAACACCGUCCAUUACAAUGUCUGCCUUAGGAAGCAAGAGGAAGGCUCUCCCUGUCAUUCUUUUACUAUGAAAAUCACUGGACUCCAAUUGAGAAGAUUUGAUACAAGCUAUGCUUUGCUUCGCAUACUACUCAACAAUACUUCCCCAGACUUGUCUCCCCCUCUCUCUCCUCCCUCUUCUCCUCUCUUCACGCUACCUCUCGUCAAACUCUGGCCCAAGCUAAUAGCAGCAGCCUGUGAGCUGACAGGAGAGCAAAGGCUCAAAGUGGUCGGGCUUUUAUUGCAGUUUCUGCAUCUCAGCUCAUCAGGUAGUGUCCCUGAGCAUAGACUGGAUCUAACACUCUUGAAGCCGUUGUGGUCACUGUAUACAUCAAUCACUAAACAAGAAGAUAAACCUGAGAAAGCGGGCUCACUAAAGCCUGAGAUUACAAGAGGACUGACAGAGCUCUUCCUGAUUGUGGAGAACCUAGCACAGAAAUGGGACAUGGAGCAAGACCUUAUGCUAGAGACAGUGUCAGAGGAUAGCAUAUUGAAGUGGUUUGAAAAGGGUGUAUCCAACAUCGCUUACCUCAGUUUGGGCUUAGGAUUGACAAAUACGGUAUCUGAUGCUUUUGUAGAAGCUAAAAAAAAUUAUGUCCCUCCUCCUCCACCCGCUCCCCUACAGUCUGAUCAAAGGUCGGGUUCACCAGAUACAUCUGAUGAUGAAGAUGAAGAUGAAGAUGAGGACUAUUCUUCAUCGAGCAGCAGUAGCAAUAGUAGUAGUGACUCAAGCUUUGAGAGUGAAUAAACAAAUAUUAGCUAUUAUUAUUAUUAUUAUUAUAUUUAACGGUGAUUAUAUUGACACUCUAUUGUGCAGUUAUAGCCUAUUGUUAUUAUUAUUAACUAUUAUAUUUAGCACUAUAAUUUUUGAUUAAAUCUUUAUUUCAAAUUUUAAA